AUGGUCACCUCCACAAAGCUUAACCGGAUGAGCACGCCGAAAAAGGCAGCUGCAGUUUCAAGUUUUAAUAAGAAACCCGCCAAGCCCAAUGCCAGCAUCCUAAGCUUCUUCCAGAAGACAGCAAAACCAGAAGAUUCACUAUUUGUCGGUGCGGUACCUGCGGACACAGCUGACAAGGAUGACUUAUAUGGCCGUGACGAUGAAACUCGAUUCAAUGAGGUUGAAGCCCCGAAUAAGAAGAGGAGAGUCAGCAAAGAUUCCAUCCAGCCAGCGGUGGAGAAGAAAGCGGCAGAUGCAUUAGAAGCAACCUCCAAUGAUAGCACAAUAAAGCCGGUAAAGCCUGAAAACGGAGACGAGCCGAAGAAACCUAGACCUCGGAUUAAGACGCCCUUUGUCAUGGAUUCUGACAGCGAAGGUGACGAUGGUGACGACAGCAACAGCAGCACAUCCAAGCCUCAAGAAACCUCGACCGAUGCUCAAUUUAACCAACUGGGGGAUUUCGCUGACAUGGAUGAUUUCGACAUAGACGAGUUUGAAGGUGAAGAGAUGCGGGAAAUGCGCUUCAUGCAGGAGCAGGCCCGGCUUGAAGCUGAAGAAGCUGGAGUUCCGGGCGACGACCUCGACGGCCUUUUGGAUAAUCAAGCCAUGGUGGAAAACUGCCCCAUUUGCGGCGGCAGCUUGCUCGGCAUAUCUCCAGACGAAGCUUCGCGACAUGUCAAUUCAUGCCUCGACGGUGAUUCCAUUCCGCUACCCACGAAAGAUGACGCCGCAUCCAAGGAUGUUGCUCAAGUGGAGGCCAUGGAAAUUAGCAAAAGAUUUGCCCGAGCUGCCGUCCCCAGACCUGGCCAGACAAAUCCUUUCGAGAUCAAUACUGAGACUAAGACAAAGAGUGCUUUUUCUAAGCUGAUGUCUGGCAAUGCGGAGGAUUCGGCCUGGGCUACGGCGGCAGCAGCAGAAACUGCGUCUCGGGGCCGGCCCGCAUAUGAAAGAACGUGUCCAUUUUAUAAAAUCAUGCCGGGAUUCGCAAUAUGCGUUGACGCCUUCCGCUACGGCGCUGUUGAAGGGUGCCAAGCAUACUUCUUGAGCCACUUCCACAGUGACCAUUAUAUUGGCCUUACUGCAAACUGGCGACACGGCCCAAUAUAUUGCAGUAAGGUAACUGGGAGCUUGGUCAAACAACAGCUCCGGACUGCAGCCAAAUGGGUUGUUGAACUGGAAUUUGAGAAACCAUAUGAUAUUCCGGGGACUGACGGCGCAUCCGUUACCAUGAUGCCCGCGAAUCAUUGUCCUGGAAGCUCCCUGUUUCUCUUCCAAAAAUCGUUUGGUAGUGGGCCAAACAAGCGAACAAAGAGAAUAUUGCAUUGUGGCGAUUUCCGGGCUUGCCCAGAGCAUGUUCGGCAUCCCUUGCUCAGACCUGAUGUGAUAGAUUCAAUAUCAGGUAAAUCGAGACAGCAGCGGAUUGACAUAUGCUAUCUCGACACGACAUAUUUGAAUCCACGAUACUCUUUCCCUCCUCAGGGAGACGUCAUCCAAGCCUGUGCAGAGCUGUGUGGAUCCAUGUCGGCUGAUCCCAACUGCUCUGAUGAUGUGUGGCAGAGGUCAGAGAAGUCUGCUGAGACAGGGACCAUGAGCAAAUACUUUCAGAGCGACAAGCCAUCAGAAGGCGAUGCCCAAUCAAAAUCGACGUCCCGACCAAAACAACGCCUGCUGGUGAUAUGCGGUACUUAUUCCAUCGGAAAGGAGAGAAUCUGCGUAGCUAUAGCCAAAGCCCUUGGCUCCAAGAUUUUUGCAUCUCCGGCGAAAAUAAAGAUAUGCAAACAGCUUGAUGAUCCCGAACUGACCUCGCUACUGACGUCUGACCCUGUCGAAGCCCAAGUUCAUAUGCAAAUGCUCAUGGAGAUCCGCGCAGAAACCUUGCAAGAGUAUCUAGACAGCUACAGGCCGCAUUUCAGCCGUAUUGUUGGCUUCCGCCCCAGCGGUUGGAAUUUCCGGCCUGGAAACGGCAAGGCUGUCGGGGCCAAUACUCCACCAAGCAGCAUUUCGACCCAGCAGCUUCUUCACGGAAAGGGCUGGAGGACAAGAUUCGGAGUGAAGGACCUUGUCGCUCAGAGAGGUAGCACGAAGGAAGCCAUGUGCUUUGGCGUUCCUUAUUCCGAGCAUAGCAGUUUUCGUGAGCUAGCCAUGUUUGUCAUGAGUUUACGCAUCGAUAAAGUUAUCCCCACUGUCAAUGUUGGUAGCGAGCAAUCAAGAAAAAGAAUGAAGGGCUGGAUCGAUAGAUGGAUGACUGAGAGGAGAAAGGGAGGACUGGUAAGACCGUUGGUGGAAGGAGAAGACGACGAGCAUAAAAAUGAUUCACAGCUGUGGCAAGGCAAAGCGGGCGAAGGAGGUGGAGCUUGGUGGUAA